AUUGUAAAAGUAAGUGGCAAAAUGAAAUAUUUUUUACUUUUUAUAUUAAUGAUGUCCAUUAAAUUAAGCUUAAGUUAUUACGUAAGAUAUUUAUUAUGCUCCCAUACUAAUUAUUUUCUACACUUUUUUAACCAUAAUGAAAGAUUUUUGUUAGAAAUCGAAAAUAAUAAAGAUUAUAUCACAAUCGAAAAUCUUAUGAACUAUGGUAAGGCACUGCAAACACACAGUAAAGUAGUUAUGAUAUUUUUGAAUAACUUAACAAACUAUAAUUCAAAAGGGUUUCCUUUUACUUUGAUCACAGUAAAUAUGUACUUAAAUAACGUUUCUGACUCCUUAAAUAUGAUUGUACAAAAUGACGAUGAAAAAAAUGAUGCUCAAAAAUUAUUAGAAGGCUAUAAAAGUAUUCACCUUGCAAUUAAAGAAGAACUAACAGAUUACAUAAAUGGACAUUGUAAAAACAUAUCAUUUAAUGAUAAUAUGGUUAGUAGCUAUUUUCCAAUGAGUGAAAUGAAAUGUACUGCUAUUAAUCCAUUAAAAACAAAUGAGAAUCUCAAGAAUAAAAUACUAAAGACGUUUAAAUCAAUAGUAAAAAGUAAUUCAUACAAAAGUUUUCAUCCAAAAAAUAUUUUGUUUUACGAUAUAAUGACCCAACAGAUUCUCACCAACAAAAAUAAUAUAAAAAUAGAUAGUAGUCAACGCAUAGAAUUAAAUCUACUUCGAUUCACUCCACUUAACUUUAAAUGCUCUAAUGGUACUCGAUUAACUAUACAAGACAUAUUUGAGUAUAUGAAAUAUGAUUUUAAUUCUAAGGAUGUUUAUCCAUACAUAAAGAUGGUAAUAAUUGCAACGUUUCGACCAAUAGCUAUUCUUAUUCGCAACUUUUUAACUUUAAUUCAAGUUGCAUCUUCAGAAUAUUCCGAAAGCGUAAAAUUUUGGAUAAAACCAACACUAAUUAAAAUGGGUCAAAAUAUAAUCAAUUAUGUAAUAGAUGUUCUUUCUCUCCCCAUGUACAAGUAUAGGCGGUCAUAUCUGCAAAACGAAAUCUUAGUAACAUUUUGUAAUGCCUUAAAAAAUUAUAUUGAUAAAAUAAUGUUAUCUGAAAUUGAUAUUAAGUAUAAUAAUAUGAUAAUUAAAUCACUUUCAAAUUAUUUAAAAAAAAAUAAAUUACACUUUACAAGCAAUAUAACUUUAACCAAUGAACUUAUAACUCAAAGUAAUGCUGAUGAAAUAAUAAUUGAGUUAGAAAAUAUCAUGAAAAAAGUCGAAAUAUAUAUAAACGAUUUGAAAAAAUGGAACGACUCUUUUGAUUUUAUUGUAAAAAGUUUUAAGAUUCGAUAUUAUAAUAUUGCAAGUUUUAGAAAUUUUAUUGAUUUCAAAGUUAUAGAUCGUAUUUGUAAUACUGAAGCACAUUCUGAAAUAUACAACGCUAGUACGAAUGAUAAUAAUAAAAUCGAUAUAGGAUGUUAUACAGAUAAAGAUGACGUGAAUGAUAGUAUUAUAGAAUUAAACUUAGAGAAUCUAAAUGAUAAAGGCGAUGAAAAUAAUAUGGAUACAAAUGGUUCUUUUGAAUAUCAAUCAAAGUAUAAACCUCUUUACAUGAUUGAUUAUUGGCCAUACAAUUUAUAAAUUAAUAUAAAUAAUACUUUUUUUAUAAAUGUUGUUAUUACUUAUCUACAAAGCUUUUAUUUUUUCCAUUUUAAAAAUUCAAGAUGAAUUUUGAAUAUAUAAAUCUCAUGUAUGUUGUGUUUUUAAAAAUAAGGAGUGAUAAGGAGUUAUAAGGAGUGAUUCUAAAUAGCUAUUAUUAGUCAUAAAUCAAAGAAUAUGUAACUAAA